GGCAAAAUACUAAAUAGUAAACGUACUAAAAGCUAAGAAGCUUCAUUAUCCCCCAAGUCCUCUGAGAAAUAAAUGUAUAUAUUUGUUGCAUUGGGUUAGGGGUGGUCUAAUGCUAAAGUGUAAAAUUAAACUGGCCCCACAAAACACACCUCCAAAAUUGAUAGAUAUAGCCCCUCCAAAAGCUAUAACACCACAAAACAGGCUAAGAGCCAUAAGCAGAACCAAGUGGACUGGAGCAUUUAAGGCUUGGUUUGCACACUAGGGGAUAAUACUGCUGCUAUCAGCUUUUUCAUUUUGCAUACCCCAGGUUGAGAUAAAUAGGGUUAGGAAGUAAAAAAGUCUGUCUCCCACUCCUUUCUGUUCCAAAUCUGAGGAAAACAUUGUUAACUAGGCAACAAAGGAGAAAAGAAAAAGCAGAAAAGGUCAAAUAGCCAGGCAUGGUGGCACAUGCCUGUAGUCCCAACACUUAGGAGGCUGAGGCAGGAGGAAUGCCAUGAGACCAACCUGGGCUACAUACUGGGUUCAGAUUCAGCAUUAACUUGGCUAGACCCAGUCUCAAAAUAAAUAAAUAAAUAAAUAAAUAAAUAAAUUCAAAAUUAUGACCACUUUGGAUGUAGAGGUGAGACCUCCAGGGGGCAGCACUGAGACAGACAAAUAGAUUUAAAAUCACUCAGCCCUCCUCUCCUUGGUCUGGGGCUCCCCACAGUUUCCCACCAGCACUCCUCCCAUUCCUUCCAACUUUAUUUUUAGCUGCCAGUGGGAGGGGGCAGAAUAGCAGAGAAAGUAAAGAAAACAGAAGAGGAAAGGGAUAGAGGCACAGAGGACUUCUCACACAGGACAGAACAACCAGGCAUGGAGCUUCCCCUCCUCCCUCACCUGUUCUUGCCCCUGGUGUGUCUGACAGGUCUCUGUUCCCCCUUUAACCUGGAUGCACAUCACCCACGCCUAUUCACGGGGCCACCAGAGGCUGAAUUUGGAUACAGUGUCUUACAGCAUGUUGUGGGUGGACGGCGAUGGAUGCUGGUGGGAGCCCCCUGGGAUGGGCCUUCAGGUGACCGGAGAGGGGAUGUUUAUCGAUGCCCUGUGGAUGGCCCCCACAGUGUCCCUUGUGCCAAGAGCCACUUGGGUGAUUAUCAACUGGGAAAUUCAUCACAUCCUUCUGUGAAUAUGCACCUGGGGAUGUCUCUGCUACAGACAGAUGCUGAUGGGGGAUUCCUGGCCUGUGCUCCUCUCUGGUCUCGUGCUUGUGGAAGCUCUGUCUUCACUUCUGGAAUAUGUGCCCGUGUGGAUGCUUCAUUUCAGCCCCAGGAAAGCCUAGCACCCACUGCCCAACGCUGCCCCACAUACAUGGAUGUUGUCAUUGUGUUGGAUGGCUCCAACAGCAUUUACCCCUGGUCUGAAGUUCAGACUUUCCUACGGAGGCUGGUAGGGAGAUUGUUUAUUGAUCCAGAGCAGAUACAGGUGGGACUGGUGCAAUAUGGGGAGAGUCCUGUACAUGAGUGGUCUCUGGGAGACUUUCGAACUAAAGAAGAAGUAGUGAGAGCAGCAAGAAACCUCAGUCGGCAGGAGGGACGAGAGACAAAGACUGCCCAAGCAAUACUGGUGGCUUGCACAGAAGGGUUCAGUCAGUCCCGGGGUGGGCGACCAGAGGCUGCCAGAUUACUGGUUGUGGUCACUGAUGGAGAAUCACAUGACGGAGAGGAUCUUCCAGCAGCACUAAAGGCCUGUGAAGCUGGAAAAGUGACUCGUUAUGGGAUUGCGGUUCUUGGUCACUACCUUCGUCGGCAUCGAGACCCUAGUUCUUUCCUUCGAGAAAUUAGAGAAAUUGCCAGUGAUCCAGAUGAGCGAUUCUUUUUCAAUGUCACAGAUGAGGCUGCACUGACUGAUAUUGUUGAUGCACUAGGAGACCGGAUUUUUGGCCUUGAAGGGUCCCAUGGAGAAAAUGAAAGCUCUUUUGGGCUAGAAAUGUCUCAGAUUGGUUUUUCUACACAUCGGCUAAAGGAUGGAAUUCUCUUUGGGAUGGUGGGGGCCUAUGACUGGGGGGGCUCAGUGCUAUGGCUUGAAGAAGGGCAUCACCUUUUCCCCCAACGAACAGCUCUGGAAGAUGAGUUCCCCCCUGCACUACAGAAUCAUGCAGCCUACCUGGGUUACUCUGUUUCCUCCAUGCUUUUGCCAAGAGGACGUCGCCUCUUUCUCUCUGGGGCUCCUAGGUUUAGACAUCGAGGAAAAGUCAUCGCCUUCCAGUUUAAGAAAGAUGGGACUGUGAGAGUUGCCCACAGCCUUCAGGGGGAGCAGAUCGGCUCAUACUUUGGCAGUGAGCUCUGCCCAUUGGAUACAGAUCGUGAUGGAACAACUGAUGUCUUACUUGUGGCUGCUCCCAUGUUCCUGGGUCCCCAGAACAAGGAGACAGGACGUGUUUAUGUAUAUCGGGUAGGCCAGCAGUCUUUGCUGAUGCUACAAGGAACACUUCAGCCAGAACCCCCACAGGAUGCUCGGUUUGGCUUUGCCAUGGGUGCUCUUCCUGAUCUAAAUCAAGAUGGUUUUGCUGAUGUGGCUGUGGGGGCUCCACUGGAGGAUGGACACCAGGGAGCACUGUACCUGUAUCAUGGAACCCAGAGUGGAGUCAUGCCACAUCCUGCCCAGCGGAUUGCAGCUGUCUCCAUGCCACAGUCCCUCAGUUACUUUGGUCGAAGUGUAGAUGGCCGGCUAGAUCUGGAUGGAGAUGAUCUGGUGGAUGUGGCUGUGGGUGCCCAGGGGGCAGCCAUCCUGCUAAGCUCCCAGCCGAUUGUCCAUGUGGCCCCAUCACUGGAUAUUACCCCACCAGCCAUCAGUGUGGUUCAGAGGGACUGUAGACGGCGCAGGCAGGAGGCAGUCUGCUUGACUGCUGCCCUCUGCUUCCAUGUGACCUCCCGGACUCCUGGCCACUGGGACCGCCAGUUCAAUAUGUGGGUGACAGCAUCACUGGAUGAGUGGACAGCUGGGGUACGUGCAGCAUUUGAUGGCUCUGGCCAGAGGCUUCCUCCUAUGCGUCUCCAGCUCAGCGUGGGAAAUGUCACGUGUGAGCAGCUGUACUUCUAUGUGCUGGAUACAUCAGAUUACCUCCGGCCAGUGGUCUUGACUGUGGCCUUUACCUUGGACAACACAACAAAGCCAGGGCCUGUGCUGGAUGAAGGCUCACCUACCUUUCUACAAAAGUUGGUGCCCUUCUCAAAAGAUUGUGGCCCUGACAAUGAAUGUGUCACAGACUUGGUGCUUCAAGCCAAAAUGGACAUCAGAGGCUCCAGGAAGGCCCCAUUUGUGGUUCAAGGUGGGCGGCAAAAAGUACUGGUAUCAGCAACUCUGGAGAACAGAAAGGAAAAUGCCUACAACACUAGCCUGAGUCUCACCUUCUCUAAAAAUCUCCAUCUGGCCAGUCUCAUUCCUCAGAGAGACAGCCCCAUAAAGGUGGAAUGUGCAGCCCCUAUACCUCAUGCCCGGCUCUGCAGUGUGGGGCACCCUGUCUUCCAGACUGGUGCUAAGGUGACCUUUCUGCUAGAGUUUGAGUUUAGCUGCACCUCCCUCCUGAGGCAAGUCUUCAUGAGGCUGACUGCCAGUAGCAGUAGCCUGGAGAGGAAUAGGACCCUUCAAGAUAAUACAGCCCAGAUAUCUGCAUACAUCCGAUAUGAGCCUCACCUCCUGUUCUCUAGUGAGUCCACCCUGCACCGCUACGAAGUUCACCCUUAUAGAAUCCUCUCACUGGGUCCUGGUCCUGAAUUCAAAACCACUCUUAGGGUUCAGAACCUUGGCUGUUAUGUGGUCCAUGGCCUCGUCGUCUCAGCCCUCCUUCCAGCCGUAGCUCAUGGGGGCAGUUACUUCCUGUCAGUCUCCCAAGUCAUCACCAACAAUGCAAGCUGCAAAGUGCAGAACCUGACUGUGCCCCCACUGCUUCCUGUGCAUCCAGAGGAGCUUCAGCACACAGACAGAUUGAAUGGGAGCAACACUCAGUGUCAAGUCGUGAGGUGCCACCUUGGGACGCUGGCAAAGGGAGCUGAGGUCUCUAUUGGACUACUGAGGGUAGUUCACAAUGAAUUUUUCCGACGGGCUAAGUUUAAGUCUCUGACGGUGGUCAGCACCUUUGAGCUGGGAACUGAGGAAAAUAGUGUCCUACAGCUGACUGAAGCCACUCGCUGGAGUGAGAGUCUCCUGGAGGUGAUUCAGACUCACCCUAUCCCCAUCUCCCUGUGGAUCCUCAUUGGGAGUAUCCUUGGGGGGCUGCUCCUGCUUGCUCUUCUUGUUUUCUGCUUGUGGAAGCUUGGCUUCUUUACCCGUAAGAAAAUCCCUGAGGAAGAAAAAAGAGAAGUUGGAGGAAUGAAUGCAGAAUAAGGCUCUAGAAAGGUCUCUCUGGCAGCUUCUUCAAGAGACUUGUGUCAGAGUGGAGGCUCAAGGGCCCGGUGGGAUUGAGAAGAAGCCUCUGGACUGUCUUCUCGGACUCACAGCCUGACUUGACUUUUGAGUCAUGGGGAUGCUGCUGGCAAGAGAUGAGGCUUUGCCUCAGACAAGAAGGGCUGGCACCAAAAUCAGGAACGCUCACCCUGUACACGAUGCUGAUUCCACAGUCAACAUGGGGUCUGUGUUUGGGGAUCCCUGCUUUCCCUAUACCCAGGAAUCAAAAGAAUGUUUGCUUAGGUCCCUGACUCUUCAGAGUCCCUUGCUGUCUUUCUUCACCAUUUGCAAAUGAUGAAGAUUAUCUGCCUCCAUUCAGUACCAACUCUGUCACCUCCCAGCCUGCUCCCCACUCCACAGGAGGGAGCUGAUGUUGGCUUGGAAGAAGUAAAGUCAACAUCUGCUGCUUUCCUGUGGAGCUGAGUGAUUCAUAGAGCUGGAUGGAUAGAGUCAACAGGAAAAAAGGAGGGAGGAGGAAAAGCCACAAGAGACAUUCUGUACAAUUCCAAGGAACAGAGGAGCCUUUAGACAAGCAACUGCCAUCCCCUCUGAAACCUGAGACGAGACUUGGUGGCGCACUCGCCUCCUCAGGUGCUAGGGAAACAGAGCGGCCCCAGGCUUGCUGGGUGAGAAUUUCCCCACCCUCAGCCUUCCCUAGCAGCAAAACUAGGGCUGCACGUCUGCUUUUCUGGAGACAGGGGCCCCCGGGUGGCUAAGACUGGAAUAGCAGAGGAGACUGCAUACCCUAGGCAGUGUUUCCUCUGCUUUUCUCAGAUGGUUCUCUUCAAGCCUCAGUGGGACUGCCUUUGGAAGGCAGAGGGAAGGAAAAGGAUUCUGUGUUAGGGUGGAAAACCCUUCCAUCUUUCCAGCUUUGGGAAGCAGCAGCCCCAUGCAAUCCAAACAAGUGGGACUGCAUUGAAAAGCGAAAGUGGGCAGCAUGAAGUUCCUGGAGAGCAAGACUCUACUUCCCAGCAUUUGUUUUAUAGCACAAAUAACUCCUAGGAAAACAUUUCUGUGGCAACUUUGGUCAUAUUUUGUAGGAUGUCUCUGUCAGAAUCAGUUCGGUAACCCUUACUUGGUAUUUACUGGAAAUCACCAUGGUAAUUUCUGUCUCUAACAUACCCUGUCCUCAUCCCAUAGUAUGGUUGUGGCUAGUAAAGACAAGUGGAUUCUCAUAGACAUCUCAAAACUUAUGUGUUUUUGUGAUCAAGAUUUUGGAUGCCAAAGUCAGUUACCAUUUUCCAGAGUGCAGCUUUGAUAACCAUUUAAAGAUCAGCACCCAUUUCUACCUGAGAAAAAGGAAACGCCUGAUUGGACAGUUCACUAGCAGCCACAGAACUUGUCCUCCCAGGCUGUUCUUAAAGGGCUAGCCACAGUGUUUACUUUGGCAUGUCUGUGGCCUUCUGAAGAGGGCCAACCUCUUGGGCAUUGUCUCUGUUUCCCAGCACUGUGAACAAUAUAUCAGGUGGUCAGAACAAAUAAAGGUCAGUUCAAAUA